AGUUGGGUACUGAUUCUCAGUUAGGAAAGACUAGUAAUGCACAUCAACACACUAGGGGGGGUGGAACAUGUGGUAAUGGUCAUUACCAAGAGUCGACUGAGAUUAUCCAAAGCCUUGAGAACCUUAAUACAGAGAUACGUGGGAUAUGGGAAGUGCUGAAUAAGCAGCAGAAAAGCAGCACAAACAGGCAAGUUGUACCCCCUCCCCCAUUGGUGUACCCUGACAUGGGUUGGCCCAUGCUGGUGGGCUCCCGAGGCACAGCCACUAUGCAGGCGUUGCAGCAGGCUCAGCAGAACAUGUCUACCAUAGGCCAGUUAACUCCUCCUACUCUCCCAGGCCCACAAAAUGCUACUGCCCAGUUCACAGUUGCUCCAGGUCAGAAUGGAUCGCGUCAACUUACACAGCUUGGUACAGCACUGGCUCAUCAAAAUGGAACACCAUUCAGAACAGUUGUACUUGGGCAGGGAGGUGGUACAGCUGUUACUGACUCAUCCCUUGUAGAACGCACUCGAAGUCUACGUGACUGGUUGCGACAAGCAAGGAUUGACUCGGCAGACAUCAUUUCUCCAGGGCAGGCUACAUUCAUCAGGACUGCAAGCUUCUGGGAGUUUCAUUCAGUCACAAUAAGUGCAACUAUUGUUGAAGAAGAUUUCAGUGAAUUACUCUCUUCAUGUUGAAUAUUUUUGAAGAUGGGGUUAAUGAUGGUAAUAUGACAAAUGUUAUGGAAAAUCAUGAUUUAAUAAUUUUAGUUUGGAUUAUAUUUUUGAAAGCUUUAUAAAGUUUACACAUAUUGAAAAUUGUUAGGCACAUACACGAUUCUCCACUGUAACUGCGUAAUUUCAGUUCUAUACCCAUGUCUUACAUAUCCAAAUUAAUAAUCCAUUUCUGAAUUCUGUUAAAAUUCUUGUUGUAAGGUUUAUGUUCAGAAGAAAAUUUGACUUUUCUUGUGCUUUAAGACUUUAUUCCUUCCUAUAUGUGCCUUUUUGAAGAGUAUGGACAGGGGUGGAUACCCUAUCCUGAGGCCUAAUAAUUUUCAUCAUGGGAUCUAAUUUUAUUAGUUCUUUAGCAUAAUGGGAAAAGGAUUAAGUUAAAACUGACAAGCUCAUAGAAACUGGAAGCCAAAAUUCAGGAACAUUGUCAAGUUUGUGUGCUGAUGACAUAAAUGUUAUAGUUUUGUUUGUGUUUAAACAAACAUUUCCAAUUUAAGUGUGUAAACAGCAGCUUAUUUUGUGGUAUGAUUCUUAUGGUAAGGUUUUUGAAACUUGCUUACACCGUUCUCAAAUAAUGCUGUCUGUGAUGGUGUUGUACCAAGUGUCAUGACUGUAGAAAGAAUAAUUAUUGUGUGAAUUACCAUAGGGUUUAGGGCAAAGAAACCUAACAAGUUAGUUGGACUGUCAUACCUUUGCCCAGUGUUAGUUGUGGUUACCGUGAAAUAAAUGUCUUAAAAUUUGUUUUACAUUGGAAUAUAUGAAGGCUAUAAUUAUUUUAAUUGUAACAUUUUAAUUUUCCUGCUGCAUUAUUUUUAUUAAGGCUAAUAUGAUCACAUUAAUUAAAGAGCCUUUCGUUACUUUAUUGUUGUCUAGUUGAAGUAUAUCUAGAAAUAGAAACAAAAUUAUUUUAAAUAGUUGAUAAUUUAUAUUUUUUAUUAUUAUAAUUUAAGUAAUGUAACAAGUUAAUAUAUAACACUUGACCUAUGUAUUAUAAAAUAUCUGAUGUGUUUAAAUGACAAAACACUGGCCUUUGUGAUUAUAUCCCAAGUGAGAACAUUAUGCCUAGUGAUAUAAUUGGGUAUAGCAGGUCCAACAAACCCAAAGGUGGAAACAUUUUAUAACCAUGUGUAAUAUUCUGAGAGUUUCAACUGAUGCUAACUACUAGCUGGAUCUAAGCAUGCUGGAGUAAUACAGGGAAGGAGGUGACUAAGUAAAAACAUUUUGUUUUGUCUCAGUCUUACAGACCCAGUGAGCCUGUUGGAAAGUUCAAAGGUUAAUUUUUAUCAAAAUUCUUAAACAAUCGCUUCUACCUUGUGUCAUAUAUGAGACCUAGUGCUUUUCUUUCUAGAAGUGAAGCACUAGUCCAUUGUAUUGAAGUAUUGGCAUGAAAGUAAAUGCACUUUCCCUGUCUUUGUGAGGAAACUGAAAUGUCUGUGAAGGUAAAGAUUUCCAACAUGGAAAUACAAUUUAGAUUUAGAAAAUCAAUAUAAUCCUGAUUACAGUGUAGGAUAACCUAUAUGCUUACAAGUAAGUUAUCCAGAUUUCAAAAGCAAGGCCUCACAUUGGGUUGAAAAUGUUUAGUUAUAAGGAGAUUACUGAAACUUUUCAAGAAUGGUGACAUGCGUAAUACUUCAUUCAAUGCAUUAUGGCAUAUACUUAGUCCAGCUGGUGGUGUGUGUCAGUAGCAUACCAUUAAACUCUUAAACCUUGGGUUAAUAGUUUGUCCUCCAACCAUGUAGUCCAGGGUAUUAAAUCCCCUGUUCAUGUAAAUAAAAGCUAAACUUUUGUAAGUUUUAAAAAUAUGUUUUUAUAGUUCUAAAAUAUAUUCAUUUUAAUUCUUUAAGUGCUAUAUUUUGAAAUUAAAUUAUUAAAAAUUUAAGAUAUAUGCACAUUAAAAUUUCAUUGUAAAUGUCAGAGUCAAAAAGCACAUAAGUUGAGUUAAUCUAAGGUUAUUCUGAAACACUGGUAUCUGCAUGUAAGUCCAUAUUGUGUUACAACCUAGAAGACAAACAUCGAAAUGUCUAAUGACAUAGCAAUAUAAUAAUAAAAAGUGCUGAAAUUCAAAUUAAAUAUCUAUUGCCCCUUUUAUAGAACGGAAAGAUAAGUAUAAUUAGUUGUGAGAUUUUAUUGUCAAAUUUUUUUGGAACUGAGAAACCCCAUAAAAGAAUAUGUCAACCACUGUCUGAAGAUAAAAUGCAUGACAGUGGCAAGUUUCUUUGAUGCAGGAUGGUGCUAUUCCUGAGUAACCUGCCUAUUUAUUGCACUAGCUACAAAUAUGUUUGAAUCACUGUAACGUAGGUUGUGAACUGAAAUAUCUUCAGGCUCAAUUCUGUGCAGGCCAUAGUUCAACUAUAUGGAGCUUGUGGCAGACACUAAUGCUGUCACUCCUGUCCAAUUCCUGUUAUGUUGGUGUGGAGAAAUUGUCAUGGAUUGCUGGUCAUAGAUACAGUUAAAUCUCAAUGUAUUUAUGGCAAUGCCAAAGAAAUCUUGCAGAUAUUUGUAAUUCCAUUUUUGGGUGAUGAUGACUGUGUUAUUGGCUAGUUUGUCAGUGGUUAACCCUUCAAAGCCAAAGCUCAUGUAAUAUUUAAGAUUUUGGUCUGUACCUCAAAGAAAAAAGGACAAAAAUCUCCAUUACAAAGAUCAACUGGUUAAAGCUAUUUAAGGAAAUAAUCACUGUUU